AUGAGCUUUAGAGGUCGUCAGCUAACGGAUGCUGAACGUGCGAGAGUCCUGGAAUUCCAGGAUAAUAUCCAUUACUCCCCAAGAUAUUCUGAUGAUGAAUUUGAGUACCGCCAUGUGAUGCUACCAAAGCCGAUGCUUAAGGUGAUCCCUUCGGACUACUUCAACAGCGAAACAGGCACACUUCGUAUUCUUCUGGAAGACGAAUGGCGUGGUCUUGGAAUUACACAAUCCUUAGGCUGGGAACAUUACGAAACACAUGCGCCAGAACCACAUAUCUUGUUGUUCAAUUUAUACGCCAUCCUUCAAUGCAUAGUUUACACAACCUCUUUAAUUUUAUGCCAAUUUAACCUGCCAGUGCAUCUGGAAGCGCUCAAGAAGUUAGUGGAUUCUGCUAUUGGUGGCGUCUCAUUCGAUGAUGAAUCCGAUGAGACGCAGAUCAAGAUGCUUGAUCUUAUACUGACACAUGGAGUCUCCGACAAUCAACCAGCAGCAGCAUCAGCACAGGAAGAGCUUGUUUGCAAAUGCUUAAAGGCUAUCGAAACGAUCUGUGAAAAGAACCCUCAACUAUUACACCAUACAACACAAAGUACACCAACGUACAGGUGGAUACUUACCACGCUGAUGCACUCCUUGGAUACUGGGAACGAGAAGAUCUUGAGAAGCUUGAAAUCAGCUAUGAUAACGGUGGUUUAUCUCACAACCACAAAGCUACAAUCUUCAUCUUAUAAAGCUCAAGUUCGUGAGUUCUUCACAGAGACGCUGGAAUCUUUUGUUUCGAGUCUGUUCAAACAGUUAUCCAGUGUGAAGCUCUGUGGGUUACUCGCAAUAUGUACGAAUCUGUUUUCUUUGAUGGUAGAUACGGAGAUGAUGAAGAAAAUGAUGAUUGAUCCGUCUUUUGACCAAGUCUUUGAAACUGCAGCUCGAAAAAUGGAGUUUGUCUUAUCAGCACAGGAUAAUCCUCUACAGUCAGCUUCGAUGGACAGCAUCAAAUCUCAUAUGGUCAUAAGCUUGUUAAACUACUGCAUGGAUGAAGACUAUAUUACUGUUUCGAGACUCAAAUAUUUCCUAGCAUUCUGUGAGAACUCUCUACAACCUCAAAUAGUUUCAUCUCAACCUCGUUUAAGGUCCAACAUUGCCUAUUCCCUAAUGAAAGUACUGGGGCGGUGCUUGGACGAGGAUAACGUUGAAUUUUUGAAGUUCUCUUUUGACUUACCGGCGUUGAAAAACCGUAUUACAUCACUGGGUGAUAACACUCUUUGUCAAGUUAUCAACCUGAUAGAGUUUGCUGUGAAUCCUUCAGUUGAAUUGCCCUCGGUUAGCAAUGCACUCGACGACCAACUCCUUGAUCAAAUUCGUCUAGAGAUAUUAGCAAAGUUACAGCAAGAUCAGUCAAAUUCUCCAGUGGAUCAAUUAUUACUUCAAACAGGUGCCACCUCACUUUCGUCAUGGAUCAACUCACUGAAACAACUAGAGGAUCUUUCGAGAACAGAUUUAUACAGAUGCAUUCUAUCUCUUGGCGACUUUGUGUGUAAAGCUACUGAUUCAUAUAUACCUGAUCUACGAGCCUGCUCUGUUUGUUGUUCUCUGAAACUGUUUGAAGUCAUUGACUAUGACAGACCAAAUAUGUUGUCAAAGAGUAACGUUGAGAAGUCAUGGACUAUGCUUCUUGGAUUACUUAGUUCCAUACCAGAAAAUGACAGUAUUCUUGAAAUGGCUGCUUUGGAAUCGAUGCACAAGUUUUUUGCACAUUUUCAACCACCAAACAUCACACCAACAUGUCAAUCAUUUGUAUUUUGGAGACGUUUAUUGUCUUCACCGCAUAGGAAUACCAGAAUACUUGCCGUGAAAUCAAUACCUUUUUACAUCAAAUCAAAGCACAAUCUUUAUGAGAGUUGCACUGGUCACAUCAUGAAAAUUGCGAAUUCAUUUGACCUUGAAUCGUAUCCAUAUCUGGUUGAAUCUACAGUAAUGGUCUGGGGUCAGCUGGCAAUAUCUACAGAGAGUCUAGGAAUUCAUUCCAUACUGUUGAAACUGGUUGGAUUUUUGAACUCACAAAGUUCUUUUAAGUCUUCAAUGGCCUUUCAUGAAAUUGAAAUGAUUUCAGCCAUGAAGGAGAAGACUCCAUGGAAACUUCUAUCUCUUGUGCUUCCCAGCUGUAGUGUGAACAUUGCUCGCCAAAUGGCUACAAAACCGGCUGUUGCACAAAGAAUCUCUGACUUGCUUGGUGUUCCUCUCAAUCAAAUUCUUUGGAGGUAUCAUUCAUAUACUAUACCAUAUCUGUUGACCUACUAUCAGAGAGACAUUAUUGCUGAGAUCGCUGCUAGUCGUGAAGGAAAAACAAAAUUAGAACUAGUGCUCACGAAUAAGUCGCAAAUUCUGGCAUUUUUAUUGACAUCUCUUUCAGACCCAUCUGAAGGUAAGAUCAUUGGGAUUUUAUCGAAUGCAUGUCCCGAGAUAUCUAAAACUUCUCUGAGUGCAAUCAUUGGAUCUCCAUUAGGGCCGAUUUGGGAACUUCUGAAGAUUCAUGGUGCUGAUGGUAAGAGUGAUGAAUUAAUCAUGAAGUCAAUUAGGUUUGUGCUACAGCUGGCAACGCCUGAAGUGUCUUCAGAAGAGCGUGUUUCAAGAUUUUUCCAAAAGAAUACACUUGGUAUUGUCAAUUUAUUCACUGACGCUAUUCGUGAUACUAAAGGGUUUCAACCAUAUGAUGAAAAGCUCAAGUCAUUUCGUGCAAUUGAACUCCUGGUUCAAAUAUCAGGUCCAGUCAUUGUUUCUGCUCUACCUCAAAUCUACACUUCUUUACAAUCAAAGCUCGAUAGUCCCCUAUUGAAGGAAGCAGCAUUGAAAUGUUGGAAAGUUCUGGUUCAGCACUUGGAGGAGGCCCAUUUGGUGACUUUGCUUGACCAAUCUAUUGCUACAGUCAUACAGAAAUGGCAGUUAUUUGAUCAUAGAUGUAAGCUGGAGGCCAGAAAACUUAUUGGUGUUUUCCUAGAGAAAUCCAAUUCUUUCAAAGAGAAACAUCUUUACACGUUUUACUCAUUAGCUGAUAAUGAUGAUCUUGCGGAAAUGUAUUCUAAAAUUUUUAAUGCAAUAAGGAAGACAGACAAACCUCAUGCACUGCUGAAUGAUAUCACUAGAAGAUGCAAGCAUGACAACAAGUUUGUUGUAUGUCAAGCACUUGUUGACCUUGGCCGUUUCUUGAACGAGUACAAUCAGGAAUUUUACAAUACGUAUCUUUUGAAGCCUUCCUUUGCUCCAAUGGUAUCAAAUCUUCUGGGUGCUUUAUUGGAUAUUCUGAACAAGUUCAAGACAGAUGACAAUGUUACUAUUAAAUGCUCGCAAUGUUUAGGACAAAUUGGCGCCUUGGACCCUGCAAAAUUUGAGGUUGAAAAGAAGAAGGACCAAAUCAUUCUUGCAUCUGAUUUUACACAUCAUGGAGAAACUAUCAAGUUCCUGCUGACGUUUUUGAAUGACUACUUGGUCCCAUCAUUUUGGGCUUCUGAAGACCCAACAAAACAAGUCUUUUUAGCGUACGCUAUGCAAGAAUUUCUUAAACUAAGUGGGCUCGACUCUACAAGGUUUGAUGUGAGGAACCCAGAUGUCACUAGUCCGGAGUACAUACUUUGGUCUCAAUUCAGUGAUGUUUCCCAAUCAACUUUAACACCGCUCGUUUCUUCCAAAUACACUGCUUCCGUGAGCAAGUAUACUCCACUGAAGUAUCCAAUCUUUGAUGUGACGUGGGACCACAGUAAGUGGCUCCGACAUCUGACACUGGACUUGCUGAAACGUGGAACCCAACCCGUCGUUUCAAAGAUCUUCACAACGUGCUCGUCUUUGGUGAAGGAGCAGAACAUAUCUUUCUGUAACUUUUUACUUCCAUACGCUGCCCUACAUGCUGUGAUUUCUGAUGAGAUUUUGAUGACUGAUGUCCGAUUGGAAAUUAUGACAGUACUGGAAACGGAUAUUGAAUCAGUCCAUCACAUGGCUGCUGAUAACUUGAGAAUGUCAUACGAAACUGUUUUCAAUCUUUUGGAUUAUUUCAGAAAGUGGGUUUUCGCAAGGAAGCAAUUUCUCAAGAGGAAAGGUGUGAAGAAGACAGACCCUUGGAUCUCAACAGUUGCCAAACUCUUAGAGAGUAUUCCACAACAAUUAAUGGCAAAAAGAUCAUACCAGGCAAACUCUUAUGAAAGGGCCGUUCUUUAUUUGGAACAAUGUUACCGUUCAGAUACUAUCAAUGAGUUUGGGUCGUCCUUCUUUGGUCAAUUGCAGAACAUGUAUGCCAGCAUUGGAGACUAUGACGCCUUGGAUGGUGUACUGAAAACAUUCUCCGAUAAGACUUUGGAAGAUAGAAUAACUGAACUUGAGUACAGUGACAACUGGAAAAUGGCGCAAGAUUGUCUUAAUACAUUGGGUAAGGUUGAUCUUCAACCUUUAGUUCUUGAUCCUGAUACUCGUUUAUUGAAGUCACUCUUUGACCACAACCUUUAUGAAGAUGCCUUAAACAAAUUAGAUUCCCUACUAACUGUUGAAUCCAAGGUAAUUAAAAAGGAUUGGCUUGAUAUUGGUUUAGAAGCGUCUAUCUUGUCUGGAAAUAAGGAAUUCUUGAGGAAAUGGAUAUCUUAUAUUGAGCUACACAGAGAAAUUACUGAUUCCAGCAACUUGGUAUAUUACCACCUCGGGAAGGUACUGUUGAACCCUGGCAAUUUGGGUAGUGCUUUGUUGGAAGAUUUCAAUAAUGCCUUCCUUCUCUUGGGAUCUGAUCUUGGACUGGACAGACGUGCAUCCUUAAGAAAAAACAGAUCACAGUUUGUUCUUCUUCAUUCAGUCACUGAUGUUCAGAACAUAGUCAAAUCUUCACAUACAAACUUCUCUAAAGUCAAGACACUUUUGAAUAUGCGGAGGCUACACACAGGCAAUGAUUUCAGGUCUAAUUGGACAAUUUCUUCUAUCAGAAGAGCAGCAGAUUCCUGCGUAAGCGAUUUGACAGUAACUGACAUUGGUGAGUUGUGGCUUAACUCUUCCAAGUCAGCUCGAAAGAACAAUAGAUUGGACCUUGCAACACCUGCUGUCAUUCAAGCUAUUGGAUUAAAGAGCGUCGCCACUGACUUAGAGUACGCUAAGAUUCUUUGGGCACAAGGAGAUCAGUCUCGAGCAUUAGCUUUAAUGGAAGAUUUGAAACUAAAGACGCUAUCAGAUCCAAGGAGACAAGCUAAAGUGCAGUUAAAAUAUACUGAAUGGCUCGAUCUAUCCAAUAACAGCAGUUCAAGUAAGAUUAUUGAGGAGUACACUCGUGCCAUCAAAAUUGAUCCGGCUUGGGAGAAGCCAUAUUAUACACUGGGGAAGUUUUAUAAUAAGCUACUUGAACUGAAGAGCAAAUCUGGACAAUCAAUAGAUCCUAAGGAUAUAUCUGGUGAGCUUGAACGGAAAACAAUAAGUUUUUAUCUGAAGUCUUUGUUAUGUGGUACGAAGUAUUUGUAUGAGGCAUUGCCUAAAGUGGUGACUGUUUGGCUGGAUUUUGCUGAAAACAUUAGUGAAGUUCCAGUAGAGCUAUCUGACUCAAUGAAAGUGACAGCUUUGAACGACAGAAAAAAGAAUAUUACCGGGAUGUUAGAAGAGAUACACAAAUACUCUGAGAAAUUUCCUGCAUACUAUUGGUACACAGUAUUGUCGCAGGUGUUGUCACGUAUCCUUCAUUCACAUAGUAAAACUGCUCAAUUAUUGAUCAUAAUCUCACAGUUUGUUGUUAAUGAAUAUCCUUCACAUGCACUUUGGUCAGUACUAGCUCAGUACAAGUCUGUCCAAAAGGAAAGAGAGAGGAAGGGGAAAGUGAUCCUAGAUAUGUUUGGUGCGUCUAAGCAUGACAAGGCCCGCUCAGGAGAGAAUACACAGAUACUGGAGAAGUCAAAGAAACUCUUUAAUCAGCUUAUGGCCGUAUCUAAGAGAAAAGCUCCACGCAAAGGAACGCUAUCCUUAAGGGAUGAUUUUGAAUUUGACUACAGUGUGACACCAUCACCACUAGUUGUUCCUGUUAAGACCAACUUUGAUAUCACUCUUCCUCUCUCAGUUCAAGCUAUUAAAAAUCACAACGCAUUUCCAAGCUCUUCGAGGGUAACUAUUGCCAAAUUUGAAAAUAGGGUCGAUGUCUUGUCAUCUAUGCAGCAGCCAAAACACCUUUUUCUGAGAGGAUCGGAUGGUCUUAUUUAUGGUAUACUGUGUAAGCCCAACGACGAUCUGAGAAAGGAUGCUAAACUAAUGGAAUUCACUUCACGAGUGGAUCAUCUAUUGAAGAAAAACUAUGACUCUGAACAAAGAAAGCUACACAUUAAGACUUAUGCUGUUAUCCCAUUAAAUGAGAAUUAUGGUAUAAUUGAAUGGGUUGAGAAUAGCAGAACUAUGCGUGAUAUUCUCAAGGUCCAUUAUGCAAACAUUAACGUUGCGCUGGAUGUUCCACAUAUCAGGAAAGUUCUUGACAUGGAUUGUGAUAUUGAAGAAAAAGCAGAGAAAUUCCAGACCGAGAUCAUUGCCAAAUACCCCCCAGUACUAUAUGCCUGGUUCAUUGAAAAUUUCCCUGAUCCAUCGUCUUGGUAUGAGGCUAGAAAUAACUAUACUCAAACUACUGCAGUGAUGUCAAUGGUUGGUUACAUGCUUGGUCUCGGAGAUCGUCAUGGUGAGAACAUUCUUCUAAACGAGAAAGACGGCGGCGUGCUUCAUGUUGAUUUUGACUGUUUGUUUGAAAAGGGUCUUGAACUAUCGGUUCCUGAACGUGUUCCAUUCAGACUCACUCACAAUAUGGUUGAUGCAUUCGGUAUUACUGGGGUUGAAGGGACGUUUAGAAAGUCUUGUGAAGUUACUUUGCGCUUGAUCAGAGCAAACGAGACACCGUUGAUGAAUAUCCUUGAGUCAUUCUUGCACGAUCCUAUAAUGGAUUGGUCACAGAAAAGACGGAAUCGAAAUACGCCCCAAGCUGCUCUAUCCACCAUCAGAAGGAAGAUCAGAGGCAUCUUGGACAAGGAAGGAAUACCUAUGAGUGUUGAUGGACAAACAGGAUUCUUGAUUCAACAGGCAACCUCUGUAGAGAAUCUUUGUCAAAUGUAUAUUGGGUGGAUGGCAUUUUGGUGA